AUCAAUAUAUUAUAUAGUGAAAGUUGUGAGACCAAUGAAAAACGGGUUGCAAUAGGUAAACUAGAAAAAAAAAAAAAACAACAUGGGUACAGUUGAAAUUUGUAUUGUCCCAUGUGAAAGUGUGUGAAACUUUAAAUUAAAUGAUCAUUGGAGACUAUACAACUUGUAGUAUUUAAAGUAAAACUUCCAUAUAUAUAUAUAUAUAUAAAUAUAAAAUUAUAAUAAGGAGACAAUACAAACAAGAGUACUCCAAACCUUACACACCUCGCUUUCCAUAAGGAUGCCAAAGUCUUCAUCAAUGAAAUGACAGUAGCACAGAGUUGAACAUUAUUAAAGCUAUCAAACUCUUCUUAUAUGAAGUUCAACAAGCCCAUAAGGCUCUUCAUAAAAAUCUCACCUUUAUACAUAAAAAUAUCAUUGAAGAAAAGCAAAAAAACAAAAACAGUAUACACUUUCUAAGUAAAGGCUCAUAUGUGCUCAGAAACUUAGUAACGCUCUUUGUAAAAUCUCUUCUAUAUAAAAGUAAGAGAGCUUGGAUAUGGAUUCAUCUAUAUCAGGAAGCAGCAAGUUCAUAGCUCCAACAAUGGCUGGCUUGGUUCUUCCACAUGAAGAAGUAUCUCAAGGAAUUGACAUGAAUAGAGAUGACCCACCUAAGGAAUUCUUCGUCAAAGAGAGUGCUUUUGGUGCUGUGGAUUCAUCUCCACCAUUGAUUCCAAUUCCAGUCAUUGAUUUAAGUAUGCUCUCUACAGAAACUGAGCUGGAGAAACUAAGAUCAGCUCUCAGCACAUGGGGAUGCUUUCAGGCAAUUGGUCAUGGGAUUUCAAGCUCAUUCUUGGACAAGGUGCGUGAGAUGGCAAAAGAUUUCUUUUUACUUCCAAUGGAAGAAAAAGAAAACUGUUUUCGUGAAGCUUAUAAUAAUGAAGGGUUUGGUAGUGAUGUAGUACUUUCCAAGGGCCAAGUUUUUGACUGGUGUAAUCGUUUGUCUCUCAUGGUUUUCCCUGAAAACCAAAGAAAAGUCAAUUUUUGGCCAGAGAAUCCGAAAGAUUUUGGAGAGACUUUAAUUGAGUACACCAUGAACAUAAUGUCUGUUAGGGAUGUUGUGUUUAAGGCCACAGCAAAGUCACUGAAUUUAGAAGAGGAUAUGUUCUUAAAGCAUUUUGGAGAGAAAUCUACCAUGCGAAUAAGAUUCAAUUUUUACCCUCCUUGUCCAAGAACUGAUAAGGUUCUUGGGCUCAAACCACACUCAGAUAGAUCAGGAGUAACUGUUCUUUUACAAGACAAAGAAGUUGAAGGUCUUCAAGUUUUCAAAGACAAUCAAUGGUCUAGAGUUCCUAUCAUACCUUAUGCUCUUAUUGUCAAUCUUGGUGAUCAAAUGGAGAUAAUGACUAAUGGAGUAAUGAAGAGUCCAGUUCAUAGAGUGACAACAAAUGCAGAGCAUAUGAGAGGAUCUGUAGCUGUGCUUAUUGAACCAGAUAUUGAAGAAGAGAUUGGACCAGUGGAAGGAUUGGUAAAUGAGGAGAGACCAAAGAUGUAUAAAACAGUCAAAAACUAUGGUCAUUUCAAUUAUACCUGUUUUCAGAAAGGUAUAGUGCCUAUUGAUGCAGUCAAACUGUAAUUUUCAGUUCCAUUGCUUUAUUGGCAUCCACAUAACAUUUUAUUGUUAGCUUAAAUAAAACCAUUACUAUAUAUGUUUGGUGGAACUGCUUUUAUGGAACUUUGUUAGACAUGUGUUAGUAAUGACAUUUUCAGUUUGUUAAA